GAAAUCAUGGACGGCAAGAACUCCUCCGGCCGCCGAGUUUCUCUGUUGAACGACAACCCAGAACCUCCUUCCCAGCCCGUCCGCCUGCCGUCGCUCGCGCUUUCCCUUCGUUCGAGAACAUCGAGCUACGCGACCUCGCCAGUGAGCUCUCCCCCAACGCCUCCGCUUGUGCGCAGCGACUCCUCGGAUUCCACCAACAUGCAGACUCCCUCGCCCAUUACGCCAGAGUUUAGCUUCGAGGGCCUUCCCGCCCAGGGCAUGGCCUCCCCGGUCUUUUCGCAUUCUAGCUUCUUCCCAACGCAAAAGGAGCUGGGCUCCGCUUACCCACCUGUUCCCCAAGCCGUUGGACCGCUACCGUACCAUGCCACGGGCGCGUCGCAAGCCGCAUACUUUCGGCCUCAGCAGGCGACAGAGAGCCAAAACAUGUCGGCGGCACCUAAUCCGCGGUCGAAGAAGAACAGCUACCCUUGUCCACUGGCUAAAGAGUUCAACUGCAGCGACCACUUCACUACCUCCGGCCACGCCGCGCGCCACGCCAAGAAGCACACGGGCAAGAAGGAUGCGUUUUGCCCCGAGUGCAACAAGGCCUUUACCCGCAAAGACAACAUGGAGCAGCACCGCCGCACUCACCAGAGUGGGCGCAAUGCUGCCAAAGGCGGCGAUACCAGCGUGAAGAAGGCCAAGCAGCAGGCAAAGCGACCCAAGCCUGCUCCCAUCCAGUCUUCCGUGCCAUCCCUCUCUUCCCUUUCCAUGGUAGAUCCCUCUCUUCCGGCCAGCCCCUCAGGCUCCGGCUUCGCAAUUGCCCCCGCAGUGCAGCCCGCAGAGUCGUUUAGCGACUAUUCCCAACGCUCGCCCUAUCCCGACCCCACCGCUUUCUCAAUGAACCACGGCUUCUCCAUGGGAUCUUCUUAUGGGCUAGAUGCCCUUGCCAUCGCCGCAAGCGGGGAAAAGCGCAAGUUCGAGUCAUAG